UGUAGAUUGUAUUAUUGGAAAUUUCCAGAUUGUAUCUACUUAUAUUACAGAAAACAACGUACUAAAAGAGGUGGAAAGUUCUGGAACGUGAAUCUUAAAUGUUUUUGAUAACAUGUUUAAAUUUAUGCGCGCAUAUAAUAUAUCGUAAUGGUUGUUUUUAUCGAUGGCAUAGUAUCAGUGUUGCGGAUAUCUUUGCACACUGUGCAAAUGGAUUAUUUUCUUAACUUGGAAAAUGCCGAUGUGGGAUAUAUCCAGCAAUCAUCGAAGCCGUCAUGGAAAGCUGCUGCAGGUAUAGCGUUCACAGACAUUGUUACCGUAAAUCUUCUGCAUCGUGUUUAUCAAAGAGAUUAACAGUGCAGACAUAUAAAUGAUCUAAAAAUGCACACAAUCAAAAACCUAUUCACAUGACUAUAACUGAUUUUUGGGCAAUAAACAGAGAAAAUAUAAAAAAUUUACAAAAAUGAACCGAGGAGAUAGCCAGAAGUUUUUUAACAGAUAACGUUGAAAAAAGCUAUCUUUUGUACGAUUGGAAUGCAAGGCUAGUUCUACUGCAUUGAUGUAACAAUAAUUGAAAUAUCAACUGGAGAAAGACAUCAAAUCAUUUGGACAAACAAAACAUUACUGGCAAAACUAAUGUUUUUGGUGAUCUGUUGAGAUUCUAUACCUCUCUAUUGUUAAGGCUAAACUGUUAUGCAUUCUAUCAUGGAUAAGUACUUCAAUUCCAUUGCAAAUAGUCAAAGAACUAAUGACUCAAUGUCAAUUGAAAUGCUAAGACUAUUUUCACUACGUAAUUUUCCGCGAAAUAUAAACAUAAGUAUGGUUCGUCUCGCCGGAGCUGGAUUUUAUUCCACGGGGAAUUCUACUGAAACUAAAUGUUUUUUGUGUGAAGUAAUUUACCGUGACUGGAUUUCCGGUGAUGAUCCUAUGCAUAUUCAUAGACAUAUAUCACCUACAUGUGACCUCGUUGCGAAUGGUAACAGGCAGGACACUAUUGGAGAGGAAUUGCAAAAUGUAAGAAGACAGGAGCGAUUGGAAGUACAUCCAUCUAAUCUCAAUGGUCUAUCAACAGGCAAUGUUACGUUGCAUUCAAAUGAAAAUGUUUGUUCAUCAAACGUUUUAACCAACGGACAGCAAAAUGAUGAUGUAAGCGAUAUUACGUCCUCUGCUAUACAUUUUCACCACCAUGAUAUUGUGGAAGAUCAACCCACUGUAUUUUCAACUCGAGAGGCUCAAAUUCAUGAUAGUAAUACUAAUAGUAAUAAAACUCCCACCAGUAACUGUAAAAACAAUUCACAGAAUAUUUUUAUAAAGAAUAAUUCUACAGUUUGUAAUCAUGAAAGAGGUUCUAGUAAUAAUCAUGAAGAUAUCGGAAUUCAUACUCAAAUUCCAAGAUACAUAAACUAUGCUCCUCUACAUGUGCGAAUAAGUUCAUAUGAAGGGUGGCCAGGAUAUUUAAACCAAACACCAGGUGAGAUGGCGUUAGCUGGAUUCCUGUUCGCUGGUUACAAUGACUACACAAGAUGUUUCCAUUGUGGCGGAGGACUGAGAAACUGGGAGGCAGGGGAUGACCCAUGGGUGGAACAUGCACGCUGGUUUCCGCAAUGUGGCUUCCUAAAACAAAACAAGGGACAGAACUUCAUACAAGCAGUAUUGAAAAAGCAUAAUACGGACCCUAAAAGUAACGGAAACUGUAGCUACAGUCAUAAACAGUCACAGGAGUAUCACACUGGUACUCCAGAUAAAAAUACAACCACGGUUUCCGCUUCCAGUUUGCAAGUUUCAAGAUUUAAUGUCCAAGAACAAGCUAAUAAUGUUACAUCUCAGGAAAGAAGUAACAGAAUAAACACCUUGGGUAUGCAAACAGUUAUAUCUACUAGUAACAAUAGUACCACUACAGCUUCUGGUGUAAAUAUCAGUUCUAGUUCUGUUUCUACUACAAAUAUGAGACAUAAUCAACAAGAUAUAUUGCAGACUGUUGUAGAGAUGGGAUUUAGCGGACAUCAAGUUGUCGAUGCUGUGAAUGAAAUUAUUAGACUCAAUUCAGGUGAAGGAGGUACAGAUGUUUCAGCAACAGAUAUCAUGAAUGUUCUACUCAAAGAGGACCAUCAGCGAACAAGACAAGUUUCAAAUGUACCAGAAACUAGAACAGCAGAAGGAAUUGGUGGUGUUUCUUUCGAUGACACUCAUUUAAUUUUCGAAGAAAACCGACAGUUACAAGAACAAAGGCAGUGUAAAGUUUGUAAGGAGUUUGACUCUACAAUUGCUUUCUUGCCAUGCGGACAUAUUGUCUGUUGUACAGAUUGUGCCCCGGCAAUGCGUAAAUGUCCCAUUUGUAAAACGUACGUUAAAGGUACUGUAAAGACGUACCUGGCAUAAAGUGAAAGUGGGGAUUUGCACGAUAAGUGGGAUCGCUGAUUUUGGUCACUUUGGCCUUUUUGUUUAGUUUUAAAUUUGCUUUUCGAAAUUUGAAACUUGUUUUUUUUCAUUUUUUACUAUUUUGGUACCUAAUUUUUACUAGUGUCUUUAUGACCACAAAACAAAUUUAAAUACAGGAUUUGAUCUAACAAAACCAAGUUACUUACUCCAGUUAUGUAAUAGUAUUAUAUAUAUGUAUAUAUGGUGUACUAAUUUUUGCACCUUUUGUUUGCGGUAUAUCAUCUUUUCCGCAAGUUUAUUGUUUUCUGUUUGGUAUGAAAUAAAUAGUUAAGAUCCAUUUUGUUACAUCUGGUGAUCCGUUUAUUUGGCAAUCGCCAAUGACAGUCAACAGGGUUUAAGAACAUCCGUUGUUCGACCUGCUAGUCAAAUGCGUUUUGUUAAAAUAUACUUUUUCACUUUUUUGGUCUUUUGGAAAAUGUUGUUUGUGCUGUAUUUAGACCCCUCUACCAAGAAAUUUGUUUUGCAUGCACACGUAUAAAAAUUGCGGCUUUUAUCCAACGCAAUCAUAGGUUUGAACGUUGUUUUCAAUUUAGACUUGUUUAUAUUUUUUCGUUUGGGCUUGUAUUAUAUUUGCCCUCGGGUUUAUAUGAUCCGUUCAUUCUAUUUCGACUCUUCAAAAUUCAAGAGUCUAUCCUAAAUUGAGGUAAAUUAUAUGGCCUUCAAAAUACCGUUUCGAUUCCUAACAUCACUGAAGAGACAUUAAUUGUCGAAUUCUGUAUAUGGUGUACUAAUUUUUGCACCUUUUGUUUGUGGUAUACCAUCUUUUCCGCAAGUUUAUUGUUUUCUGUUUGGUAUUGAAUUAAUAGUUGCGAUCCAUUUUGUUACAUCUGGUAAUCCAUUUAUUUGGCAAUCGCCAAUGGCAGUCAGCAGGGUUUAAGAACAUCCGUUAUUCCACCUGCUAGUCAAAUACGUUUUGUUAAAAUAUACUUUUUUUUACUUUUUUCGUCUUUUGGAAAAUGUUGUUUGUGCUGUAUUUAGACCCCUCUACCAAGAAAUUUGUUUUGCUUGCACACGUAUAAAAAUUGCAGUUUUUAUCCAACGCAAUCAUAGGUUUGAACGUUGUUUUCAAUUUAGACUUGUAUAUAUACAUUGUUGUGCUGAUAUUUAGAGUAAAUAUGAAUAUAAUAUGUGUUUUCAGCCGUGUAUCACUUUCACUGGUGAUCUAAUCAAUGGAUAUGUCGUAGAGUUGUAACUUGUUUAGACGCACUUAUCAAAAUAAUUAUUUCUGUGACUGCAUCAUACGAAGCUGUACGAUAGCUAAUAUGCAAUCAAUUCCAUCUUCAUGCCUAAUAUAUCAUGUACUGUGUUACAACUCUGAUUCUACUGACGAGGAAAGGUAACACUUGGCCACCAACAGCUGAUUAUUUAGUUCAGUCUAGGUGGCCGAGUGGUCUAGAGCGCUGGACACAGUGCAGGAGAUGUUGUCUUGAUCUCUCAAUAGCAUGAGUUCGAAUCCCGGCGAGGGAAGAACAAAAAAAUAGGCUUCUGCAAAUUUGCAGAUUUAACAUUGUUGUGCUGAUAUUUAGAGUAAUUAUGCAUAUAUACAUAUAUACAUAUUAAAUGACUACAUCUCAUGUCUUCGAAUAGAUUGGCACAUUUUGUUAGCAGUAGCAAAUAUGAAUGUUAUUGUGUUUGUCACAUUCAGUGUUGUUUUCAGCACCCGGUCGAAAUCGCUGCUGGUUGACUAUCGGUUCAAUAUGCAGUUCUUCGGCAGUUAAAUGAUUUAUAACUACCCUUUUUAAAAUAGUUAGUUUAUAAAUUUAUAAAUUAUAAAGAAACUAAAGGUUCACCUUCGUUAGGCAAAGUUGACCUUAGAUGAAUUUGGCUAUUAUUGUAUAGGUCCUUUUUGAACAUACAGCUCUUCAACUGUUUCUUUUAUACAUCCUUGACUUUCAAAUAUACGUUUUGGGCGUUCCUGAUGAAGGUAAAUCCAAAAAAGCGUCUCAGACGCAUGCAAUUUAUAAAGUGUUUUCAUUUUUGUAGUGUUGAUGAACAUUGGUGACAUUUAAUACAUCUCAUGUUGUUUACAUCAUUAUUUAAGAAAAAAAUCGGUUAACAUAAUUUGCAGUCUAGUAGAUAGAACCAUUGAUGUGAUAUAAAAAAUAGGACUUUAAAACAAUAUUACUUUAUAUUUUCAUUGCCUAUGAUUAUUCUGUUUAAUAUUCAUUAAAUUUGAUUUUAAGAAAAAUCUUAAAAAGAUGAACAUGAAUAUAUAUUUGGCAUGCACAUUACAGAAUAAAGGUUGAUUGAUGUUGUUGUUUAAUGCUACCUUCAGUUACAUUUUAUGUAUCAUGGAGGCCACUUUUUAUUGUUGAACAAAGCCAUAAUAUCCGGUGAGACCCGCUGACCUAUGGCAGGAAAAUAGGAUAAAAGCAUAUUACAAUUAAUAAGAUACUAUAUGAUGAAAUUUACUAUAAGAAAAUUUUUUAAAAAUUCGCAUAAAACCUAGAAAUUAAAAUAACGUGAAGUGGGAAACAGCUGUAAUACCUCUCGUACUUAAACUAAGUUUUUUGUUUGGUAAAUUUUACAGUAUAAGAAUGAUGUUUUGAUCUAUAAAGUCUGUGUGCACUGUAUUUUUUACAGAGUUAUCAGCAAUACAAAUAGUUGAGUACAAUGUCAUAGGCGGAGCAUAUCUAGACCUUGGAAAAUCCAGGAGGUGUAUAUCAUAAUAGUUAAAUUUCAAUACGUUUUUUGAAUUUUGGUACAAAAUAUGAAUAAAAAUGUACGUAAGAGUUAGAAAAUAAGAUAGAUCUUGAUAUAGCCCUGACAACAUUUAAUGUUCUGUUAAGGAAAAAAAUAAUAGACAAUGAGUGCAUCUGGUAUGAUGAAGACGAGGUGUCACAUGUGGAGAAGGAUCUCCUUACCCUUCCAGGGUGGAUUUCGUUUUUCGUUUUUUCGUCACGGCGUUUUCAGUUUGUCUUCGACUUAUGAGUUUGAGUAUCCCUUUAGUAGCUUACGCUUAUCUUUUAUGUGGUACAGUCUGUCCAAAAUCAAUCAAGCCAUGGGCUUAUAUAAAUGACACCACUGUAUAACAGUUACUAUAACCUGAAGUAAUCAGUCUAAUGCAUAAAAAUACAAUGACAAUGUACUGACAUCGUUCCUUGUUAAAUAGUAUAACGGCAAAACGAUAGUAAAAGUUCGACAAAAUUUUUUUUUUUAUUCAAAUAUUUACAAAAACGGAAUAGUAAAUAAUUAUGCGUUACCAGCCCUCAGUAAAAUUUCGGAGUUGGCAUUCAAACUCCACUGAUACACUUUUGAAUUACAAGACAAUAAAUCGAGAUCAUUACGUCCACAUGCAUGUCGCCUAUGAUGUUAUGCCAGUUGGAGAUUAUUACGCAUGUGCUCAGCAUGUUUAGUCAUGAAAAUUAAGUAAGCUCAAAUGGCGAAACUUUGUAUUCAACAGGAAAACCGAACCCUGAACAAAAAUUAAUUAAUUUACAGGUUACAGGUUACACGAUGAAGUACCUGUUCUUUCAUUUAUAAUAUGAAGCAGAAAAAAGUGGAAUCGUCAUUCUAUUAUUGCAUGUGUUAUUUGUAUUUAAUUGUGUAUAUUUAAAUGAAUGGGGUCUGAUCAAUGUUGAUUAUGUUUACGAAUUUAGGCAUUCUCAUUGUUUUUCAUGGAACUUUUGUAAUUCUGCUAACCGAUAAAGCCCCAACCACCAGUUUUUUAUGGGGUUUGUGUUGCUCAGUCUUUCGUUUUUUAUGUUGUGUUUUGUGUACUAUUGUUUGUCUGUGUGUCUAUUUCUUUUUUAGGUAUGACGUUGUCAGUUUAUUUUCGACUUAUGAGUUUGAAUGUCCCUCUGGUAUUAUUUGCAUCUCUUUCAUAUCAAGUAACUGCAAAAUAGAAUUCUAUUUCCAUCAUAACAAUUUUAUGUUAAAAAAAUUAAAAGUGUUUACCAAUGUAGAAUGCAAUCAGUAGGUUCCUCAAGUUUUGUUUAAGUAGAGAGAGAAAACAUUUUUUUCAUUGCCAAUAUUACGUCCUGUUUCAUAGUGUAUAACUUUGUUUUGAUUUAGAAAUUCAUUCAUAAACUAACGUAGUCUUGAAAACGAAAAAAAAACAAAACGAAUAUGUUUGUGUUCGCCUCAAACAUAUAAAAUCCGUCCAAGUAUAGUAUAUUGAUACCUAUAUAUGUAUAGUCCAGUUGAAGCUGUUGUAAUCUUCGUCAUUUCCUAAUUUUUAAUUAGACUGAAUGUAGAAGAAAUCUAAUUCUAUUUUAUAUAUUCUGUAAAAAUAUAAUUGAACCAUGAGUAUGAUCAUCAUCAUCGUCAUAUUCAACAAUCAAGACUUCAAAAGCAAUGUAUGAUAUCACAGUAAACACAACCAACAAUGAAUAGUCCGUGCCAUACACGAGCAUGGAAUCAGAGCUUUAUUGCAAUGUUAAAUUUUAAAGACAGGUUGCAUCUUUUAUUAGAAACCUAUAUAUAUAUAUAUAUAUAUGUAUAUUGUUUUGUAUAUUGAUUUAUUAACUGUUUAUUGCAUUAUUAUUUAUGUUUAUUAUUAUAUAUUUACAUCAUGUUAAGUCUGUUACACUUAUAUGUGUCUGACCAUUGCUUCAAAAUAAAAUCUUGAAAUCUUGA